GCAGUGGGAAGAAGAUGAACGGGUCUCUAGACCAUCCCGACCAACCAGAUGUUGACGCUAUAAAGAUGUUUGUGGGACAGAUUCCACGGUCCUGGUCUGAGGAGCAACUUCGAGAACUGUUUGAACCUUAUGGAGCAGUUUAUGAGAUUAAUAUCCUCCGAGACCGAAGCCAAAGUCCACCACAGAGCAAAGGAUGCUGUUUUGUAACAUAUUAUAAUCGCAAAUCAGCCUUAGAAGCACAGAAUGCUCUUCACAACAUGAAGAUCCUUCCUGGGAUGCAUCAUCCGAUCCAGAUGAAGCCGGCUGACAGUGAGAAAAACAAUGCCGUGGAGGACAGAAAGCUGUUUAUUGGGAUGAUCUCAAAGAAAUGCAACGAGAACGACAUCCGGUUGAUGUUCUCACCGUAUGGACAGAUCGAGGAAUGCCGGAUACUUCGAGGUCCUGAUGGACUCAGCCGAGGAUGUGCGUUUGUAACGUUCACAGCUCGACAAAUGGCCCAGUCAGCCAUCAAGUCCAUGCAUCAGUCCCAGACUAUGGAGGGCUGUUCAUCGCCCAUUGUGGUGAAGUUUGCAGACACUCAGAAAGACAAAGAGCAGAAACGUCUGGCUCAGCAGCUGCAGCAGCAGAUGCAGCAGCUCAGCGCUGCCUCCAUGUGGGGGAAUUUGACUGGCUUCAACAGUCUGGGUCCACAGUACCUGGCACUUUACUUACAGCUGCUGCAGCAGUCAGCUGCAGGGAAUGCACUAAAUAAUCUGCACCCAGUUUCAGGUCUUAAUACCAUGCAGAACCUGGCUGCUUUAGCAGCAGCAGCAACAGCUACACAGGGCCCACCAACAGGGUCCAGCACCAUGACGACUUCUAGUAGCCCACUAAGUGCACUAACAAGCUCAGCAGGUUCUCCCCCCACCUCGAACAGCAACUCUUCAAUGAACCCCAUGGCUCCUCUGGGGGCCCUUCAAUCUCUGGCUGCUUCCGCUGGAGCUGGGAUCAACAUGGGCUCUUUGGCAGGCAUGGCAGCACUUAACGGUAGUCUAGCUUCUGGAGGGCUGUCUAAUGGUUCAGGUAACACCAUGGAGGCACUGAGCCAGGCUUACUCAGGGAUCCAGCAGUACGCCGCUGCUGCCCUCCCCAACCUGUACAACCAGAGCCUGCUGUCCCAGCAAAAUGUCUCAGCUGCAGGCAGCCAAAAGGAGGGUCCAGAGGGUGCAAACCUGUUCAUUUACCACCUGCCGCAGGAGUUUGGAGACCAGGACCUGCUGCAGAUGUUUUUGCCUUUUGGAAAUGUGAUCUCUGCCAAAGUUUUCAUAGACAAACAGACAAACCUCAGCAAGUGUUUUGGCUUUGUUAGCUACGACAACCCGGUGUCAUCACAGGCAGCCAUCCAGUCCAUGAACGGUUUCCAGAUCGGCAUGAAAAGGCUGAAGGUGCAGCUGAAGCGCUCGAAGAAUGAUAGCAAGCCCUACUGAAGGUGCUCAGGCACCACUGACUUAGUUAGGUAGGAUGAUCUUAUGGUAAUUGGAGUAAGAACAACCAGCUAAGACUCGUACUUUUAGAAAACUGUUCUGUCCAUUACAGGCUCUCCUGCUGAUCAUUUACCCUUGUGGCUGCCUAAAAUUUUGUACCCUCUGGUGACCUUCGUCCACGCACAAAAUCUAUUUUAAAAUCACCAAUCAUCUACAUUUUCCCUGCUUUAUAUAUAUAUAUAUAUAUAUAUAUGUAAAUCAUUUCAAGAACUAUCAACCUGCUCAAAACUACCAAACUUUACAUUUUGGGGGUGGGAUUUGAACCCUUUAAAUGGCAGUUUGAAUUUAAAUUACUGCCUUAUUCAUUACAAAAAACCAAAAACUAAUUAUUUCCCAUAUAAUAAAAAUUAGAGGAUUGAUGUCAGAUGGCAAUGAUUAGCAACUAACUUCAUUUAAUUGCAU